AUGGCCGAGAAGGGUAAGGAGAAGGUAACAUGGAUGAAAUUGAAGACGGAGCCUCUUAGUAACGAAAAGAAUUUCUCGAAAGUCAAGAAGGCUCUUUCGAGCAUACCUCAAGUAAGAGACCAAAAGUUCGAAGAAGAAACCAACACGGUCACAAUCAAAGUGGUUUGCUGCAGUCCUGAGAAAGUGAUGGACAAACUCUGUUCCAAAGGACGUGGAGCUAUUAAGCUCAUCGAAACCAUCGAUCCGGCCAAACAUGUGGCUCAAAAGCCCAAAGAACCUGAGAAGCCCAAAGAAGCUGAAAAACCUAAAGAACCAGAGAAGCCCAAACCAGCAGCAGCUCCAGCUCAAGGCGAUCCAAGUUCUCAACGGGUGACACAUGGGUAUAAUCCACCGCCGAUGAUGGGCCAUCCGGUGCCUUGGUCUGAUGGGCCUAACUACGGAUGGUCCCGACCCAAUGGGUAUGAUGAAAGACCCAUUUACAAUAGCUACGGAGGUUGGCAACCACCACCAUCGCAAUAUGGUGGCAGAUCACAUUACGAAGAGGAACAACCGUCUUGCUCCAUCAUGUGA